GGGACGUCGUUGUCGUCGUCGGGUCUUCACGCCCUCGCGACUUCCGGUGUGGGGCACACGACGACGGCUAGCGGGGCGGCUUCCUGUCCCGCGACGCCCGCUCGCAGACGACACAGGACGACGUUCACGCAAGAGCAGCUUCAAGAGCUCGAAGCUGCGUUCGCCAAAAGUCACUAUCCGGACAUUUACUGCAGGGAAGAGUUGGCGAGGAUCACGAAGCUCAACGAGGCACGUAUUCAGGUGUGGUUUCAGAACCGUCGUGCCAAGUACCGCAAGCAAGAGAAGCAGCUUCAGAAGGCCCUGGCGGCGCCCUCGGUGCUGCCGGCCGCGGCCUGCAAUGGCAUGAUGCGUUCACCAGCGGCAGCCAUGUAUGGACCCGCGGCACACAGGGCGGCUGCUUACCCUACAGCCUACGCGCCUGCAAGGUACCCACCAUACGGUGCGUCCCCGCAACCCUUCGCCCACCCGCAGACGUCCGCGGGUUCUGGCCUAGACGACGACUGGUACAAUCGUAGCUUCUCGGCCCUGCGUGUGAAUGGCGGGUCCCACGCCGCCGCCGCUCCAGUGCUCCAGUACCAGUCCUAGUGCGACGUCCGGGGUGCGGUCUCCUUCCGUGACGGCAACGUCCCCACCACCACGACCAGCAGGGAAUACGGCCAACAUAAUACCCUCAUCGUCGACAACAGCGAAUGGAGGGACUCUCUCGGUCGCAGCUGUGACUCCGCGUAGCAGACGAGACGGGGAGUUAAUCGGAGGUUUCGCUAAUGCGAGACUCGGUUAAUGCGAAGUUUAUUUUUGGCGAAGGCUUGCUCGUGUGAAGUGACAUAGAAAAUUCUAUACGUUGGGUGUGGACCGAAUGAAAUUAACCCUAUGCUCACACGAACGACAUUCCCGCGGAAUAUUCUAGUGGAAGAAAAGUAAAAAAAAAAAAAAAGACAUUACGGGACGGACGGGCGUGCUGCCCACAUAGCAGACGACACCAUGUGCCCUGUCGUCUGCUACGGACUGUCUUGUGGCUGAGCCGCAGGGUACUCACACGUUAGCCGAUUACGUGCCAGCAGAAAGUUAUUACGUUUUGCUCAUCUUCGGCUGGAGUCUUCUGGGGGAAUGUCACUCGCGUACAUACCCGGUAUAAAGAAGUUAACAGUAAUUUGUGUGGGGCGGGGACUGUAAGAUGAGCGACGCCUAAUGUGUAUGUAAUUUGAAGUGAACAGGGCUGCAUGUUGUUGACUAUAGUAUCGUGAAGUCGGCAGGCAUAGUAUCAGCUUGUCACAUAUCGAGCGAAGUAAAAAGCCUUACUUCCAUGUGCAAGCGCGUCGCCAAAACAGCGAAACAAAUCACGAGCGACAGCGAACGGGUGCAAUAUUGAA